AGGCGCCACACAGGGCACCGAGUCACUGAGCUCCAGGCUCGGCUGGGCAGCAGGACACUGGCAACAGGCGCUCCCUGCUCCACGCCAGCCUCGUGCCUCGCCGCCGCCAUGGUUGCUGUGCCCACCGCCUGGUGCUCCGUCGCCCUAGCCCUGCUCGUGGCCCUGCACGAAGGGAAGGGCCAAGCCCCUGCAGCCCCGGAGCAGCCCGUGCCCCUACCCCAUGCCCGAGGCACCCACCUGCGGCCUCGGCGUUGCUCCUGCAGCUCCUGGCUGGACAAGGAGUGCGUCUACUUCUGCCACCUAGACAUCAUCUGGGUGAACACUCCAGGACAGACAGCUCCUUACGGCCUGGGAAACCCGCCAAGACGCCGGCGCCGCUCCCUGCCAAGCCGCUGCGAGUGCAACAGUGCCAGGGACCCCGCCUGUGCCACCUUCUGCCAUCGAAGGCUGUGGGCUGAAGCUGUGGCAGUCCCUGGCAGCGGGUCCCCUGCAGACACGUUCCAGGCUGGCAAGGCAGGGGCCACCCCAGGGGAGCUCCUCCAGCGGCUGAGGGAUAUUUCUGCAGCCAAGAUGCACUUUGCCAGGCGACAGCAAGAGGUGACGAGGGAGCCCAGGCCCACGCACUCUAAGAGGAGGAAGAGAUAGUGCUGGGAACUGGAGGAACGUUGGGAAGGAAGCCCAUGUGGAGACGGGAGGAGAGCGGCCACCUGGGCCUGUGGAAGACCCUCUACCUGUUUCCUGGGGAUGGGACCAUGGUCCCGGCAAGUCGGACCCUCUUGCAGGGAUUGAUGCAAGCUCUGGGCUCCUCGCCGUGGUGCGGGAGCACCCCUCAAGGCAGCUCUGUGCCCUCACGCUGCCCAGGAAAACCCUCAGCCCCCAGACUUCAGAGCGGAUUCCUGGCUCCUGGCCCACAGCCCUGCUGGAAAGAACUGCUUGGGGAGUGCGUGAAGCUGGAGGCCAAGCCCCAAGGGUGUUCCUGGCCAUCGGGAGCCACUGUGCAGCAGGUGGACGCUCACACCUCAGCCAGCCCUGGGGGCUGGACGUGGCCUCCGCAAGGCCUGGUGUCCUGGCUGGCUGCCAUCUGUCCUCUCCGGUUCUCCCUGCCCAAAGUCCCUGGGACACUCCUAGUGGUAAGGGUCUGCUGUGCUUCAUCUGUCUGUAUAUAACUUAUUUUCUAUAAGAACAAUGAGAAGUCCAAUUAUUUAUUUUAAUGUAUUUUUUAGACUCUCAGUUAUUAACU